CUUAAACCAAACCAAAAGAAACCAGAUUCCCAACGCCAUGGCUUGCUGUGCUCCCUACCGCUGCAGCACCACCAGCGCCCCCGCCACCACCAUCUGCUCUGCUGACAAAUUCUGUCAAUGUGGAGUCUGCCUGCCCAGCACCUGCCCACACACGGUUUGGUUACUGGAGCCAACCUGCUGUGACAACUGUCCCCCACCCUGCCACAUUCCUCAGCCCUGUGUGCCCACCUGCUUCCUGCUCAACUCUGCCUAUCCCAACCCAGGCCUGGAAACCAUCAACCUCACAACCUACACUCAGCCCAGCUGUGAGCCCUGCAUCCCAAAGUGCUGCUGACCUACGGCUGCCUCACUCAGUGCCUGACAUGGAAAGAGUCAACCCAGAAGUGUUCACCUGUCUCAGUACCUGCAAUUAACUGGCUCUGCUUUCAAAGUUGGAACAAGGAUGGUGCUAUCACUGAACGCCCACAAAAAAGAAACCGAGAAUCAGAAUGUAAAGCAAUGAUAUUCCAAUAAAGAGCUUAAAAAAAAAAAAGAAGAAACCGAGAGACUUUCAAUGGCCACGUAGCGGACAUCAGUAAACGAGGACAAUUGGAAUAGGUGGAUGCCUAUAUGUUUCCCAAAGUUGUUCAAUUUCUUCAUAUUAAGGUGCAUCUUCCCUUGGGUGCUUUGGGAAUUCUGCUUCCAGUCUUGAAUGGUAUAUCUCUAGAAAUUGGGGAGCUUUCUUCUUGAUUAUCCUAAUAAAUUUUACA